CCUCGAGACGUGUCUUGUUUACAAUUGAUGCAAUGAUGUCAUUUUUUCGUGGAAAGACAAAAGAAAAGUCUUGCGAAGUGUCGCUCCCCAUUGAUAAAAAUUGCACUGCAGCUCAAAAAAGUUUUCUUUUCAUGAGUGACAAGGUUUAGAAGUGCAGUGGCAGCAGUUUAGGCUGAACGGCAGAACAAUGGAUAACUUGAAUUCUCAGCUCGCUCAUCUCUCGUUAAGGUCAUCUGGGAGUGACCCUCAACAGCAACAGCAACAACAGCAUCAAACACAAUACGGAGCACUGCCUGAUAGUGGUCCGAAUGGAGUCGGUGUUCCCGGAAUGGUGAUGAUGGGUCGCAAAGGACCCGCAGUUCCACCGAAGCCGAAAAAACCUUCACCCUCGACGGUGCCACCGCAGGUGCCAAAAAGUUCCAACGUUAAACAGUACAUCGAACCAUCGUACUCAACUUUGCUUCAAGGGCAAUCGGGUGGAACAGCGUCGGGCGGAAUGGAAGAACACGCAUAUACGAACACAUCGUUCGCAGCCGGAGUUGCUGGAAAAAUGGGAGCACGAAAGGUGACCUUGGAUAAUGCAAUUGAAUUGCAGCAGCAGAAGGAAGCUUUGGAGCACCACAAACGCAUGAUGCAGAUUAAAAUACAGCAAAGAGGACAGGCGGACGGAGCAGUUUAUGAGAAUACGGCUCCUCGUUUUUACGAGGGAGAUGCAACCUACGCUAACAUCCCGGGUGGUCAGAAGAAUGGAGAUGGAAUAAUUUACAGUAACAUCGUUCAUGGUGGGACCGGUCCGAAAAAACCCUUCACCCAAAGACAGAUAUCGGACGAGCUUCCUCCUCCCCCGGCACAAGAAACGCAGAAUGCUUUGUCGUUGAACGAAUUGUCGUUGGAGGAUAACGAUGAUGAAUUUCCUCCACCUCCUAGUCCAGUUAGUUCUUCAUAUAGCGAGCUGAGAAGAGCCACCGAUCCACCCUCGAUUGGGUGUCAACCCCAGCCAACCUACAACAUGGUGGGACCUGGCGUGGCUGGACAGACGUAUAGCAAUCUGGCUCCAAAUAAUCAAAUAUAUGCCAACAACAUGCAUCAUCAAUCGCUGUACGGAACCUACGGUAUGAGCUCUCAGGGUUCCACCACGUACGAAUCCAUUUACGAGCCGAUUAAUCCACGCCCUACCAGUCAAAUGUCCGGUAGAUCAAACUAUUCGCUCUAUACGCCCUAUGUUAAUUCACGCGGCGUUAAUAGUCCUAACGAUAGUCUGAUAACGAGCGCUUCGAAUCAGCACCAGCAUCGUGGUCAUCCUCCGAAAGAGUCCGAAGUGGAUAAACUAACAGAUUUGCUGGUUCAGUCGAUGGACAACGUACAGGAUCCGGAUUCGUUUGGAACGUGUGUAAAGUGCGGUGAAAGGGUAAUUGGAGAAAACACCGGCUGCACUGCGAUGGACCAAAUUUAUCACAUCGCUUGUUUUACAUGCCACCAGUGUCAGAUCAAUCUGCAAGGUAAACCAUUCUAUGCCCUGGAUGGCCAACCGUACUGUGAAGAGGAUUACCUUAACACACUAGAGAAAUGUUCGGUUUGUUUGAAACCCAUUCUGGAGCGGAUCCUAAGGGCAACCGGAAAACCGUACCAUCCGCAGUGCUUUACAUGUAUUAUCUGUGGCAAGUCGUUGGACGGGAUUCCGUUUACUGUUGAUGCUACCAAUCAGAUUCACUGCAUUGAAGAUUUCCACAAAAAGUUCGCACCGCGGUGCUGCGUCUGUAAUAUGCCCAUCAUGCCAGAACCGGGUCAGGACGAGACCAUCCGUGUCGUGGCGCUCGAUCGAAGUUUUCACAUCAAUUGCUACAAGUGCGAGGAUUGUGGUCUACUGCUAUCAUCCGAGGCGGAGGGGCGCGGUUGCUAUCCACUGGAUGAUCAUAUCCUUUGCAAGAGCUGCAAUGCCAAACGAGUACAGACACUAACCAGCCACAUGACGACUGAGUUGUAAGGUCGCUAUCUUUAUAACUAGUUGCUAGUUCAUGUUUUUUUUUAUUCAUUCCUUUUGGCAUUUUUGUUAGUCAUCAAAGAAAGGAGUGUCCUUUCGCAAAGCAGUGCAAGUACUAAAACCGAAAAUUUAGUAUAUAGUAAAGAGUAAACGGACGACACUAAUCUGUUGUAAUUAGAACUCUUGGCUGUUAAUUUAGUUGUAGGAAGAAUGACACGAAAAAUAUCGCUCAAUCAUUCCGUAGUGUCUGCAUGAGAAUAGCUAACAGCGUUAACGCGUAAUACUUAUAUUAUAUAUAUUCACUUAGGAAAGUCGUCUAUUGCUAUGCAUUUAUGAAAAAAUCUGAUCAUUCCACUAUUAUCAACAACACUAUAUUACUAUUAUAUGAUAUAACUAAUGUUCGCAGAAAACGCAUUUAUAGCAAACUGUAUAUGAUAAGAUCAGAUUUCGAAUCUUUUAAAGUAGGUAAUAAACAAACCGAAACAUUGCCAAUAGCGAAUAGUGAAGAGAUAACAGUUUAAAACUUGUUACAACUAAAAAUCGUCCCCCUUUUCUUCGUGUACAAGAGUAAUAGUAAAUAGUGAAGGUUUUAAUCGUCUUACAUAACAUUCUCCAACAUACAUAUAUGCAAAUACGUAAAUCAUUCCGAGCAACUCUAGCAGCUUCGCCUGGUGUAUUAAGAGAACCAAAACGCAAAUGAGAGACAAACGAAAACGAAAAACGUUGUGG